GUGGCGAUAAUAACAUCUGUUUAUACGCAUUGUCCACUAGCCGCCGUCGUUGCAGGACUAAAAACGACAUACAUCUAAUAAACUGAGAACACACACUAAAUCUAAACGAAAGGGUUAUUUUAAAUUGCGAGGUAAGGUUAACAUUUCCCCUCUAAAAGAUUUUCCCCCUUUUUCAUUGCUCUAAUACUUCACUUCUGUUUUCUAGAAUUCUGAGCUAAUUGCUAAUGAGAAACCAACAAGUGUGUUUGUAUAUCCCUCAAAAUGUCGUACAUGCUCCCUCACCUUCACAAUGGCUGGCAAGUGGACCAGGCUAUUUUAUCAGAGGAAGACCGUGUGAUAGUUAUACGAUUCGGCCACGAUUGGGACCCUACGUGCAUGAAAAUGGAUGAAGUGCUGUACAGCAUCGCCGAAAAGGUGAAGAAUUUUGCAGUCAUUUAUCUUGUGGACAUCACAGAAGUGCCAGAUUUCAACAAGAUGUACGAGUUGUAUGAUCCUUGCACAGUCAUGUUCUUUUUCAGGAACAAGCAUAUCAUGAUUGAUCUUGGCACUGGUAACAACAACAAGAUCAACUGGACCAUGGAAGACAAGCAAGAGAUGAUAGACAUUGUUGAGACCGUCUACAGGGGGGCGAGAAAAGGACGGGGUCUCGUAGUGUCCCCUAAAGAUUACUCAACAAAAUACAGAUACUGAUCUCUGUGCUCUUAUUUAGUCUUUGGAAUUUUUUUCUUCUUUUCAUCAUUGGACAAUAUCUGAGCAUUCAGCGGUAUGGUCAUAUGGAAUCUUUAAUGGCCUUGUUUUGGUUUUUCGGCUUUAGAACUAAAUGUGUUAUAUAGUUGCAGUUAUGGUCACCAGUCUUUUAUAAUGUUGUCUGUCUGAAAAUGUUACUGUAUUUUGACUGAAUAAAUAUUUUGUUUCUGCUCUUUGUA